CUUGCACGAAGCUGUCUGUCAUACGCGAGUCAGCCAGUCUAAGGUAGUUUGGUACUGGUGUCAUGAUACGGAAUGCAUUCAGUAAGUAUUAUAGCUGCAAGGCUGAUGACGGCAUGGACAAGCUUAUGAAAGUCGGUGUUCGAUGGCUUUACAUGUCACCAGUUGACAGUUCCACUUCUUCAAACAAGGACAUAGUAUACUCAUAGACAGGAAAUACUUCUCUGUUGUUGUUGUUGUUGUUGUCGUCGUUUUCUUCAUUGACCUUUCUCCAUUGCCAGUAACCGCAUUCUAAUACUGAGUGGUGACGGGCAGUGAUAUAAUUCAUGAUGUUUCAUGGCCUGUGCGUAUUCUCCAUCAGAGACACCGAGAAAUAGCUUCAUCUAAGCAGAACCCUGGAUUGAGAUGUUUUUCAUAGUUACACGACUCCCACUACUAACCGGUAGUAAAUAAUGAUAGUCUGGUGUAUCAAGGCUAUUCAAAUAUAUUCAAGUCAAUUAAAAAAAAACAAUUUACCCAACACUGAAUUGAGCUAUACCUGAUCUUGGUUGACCAUUGAGCUUGGGUCGGUCCUGAAAUUAUCCCGUAGACCCUCGCCCAUUAAAUCAGAUCAAGCCAGACGUCAUUCGUGCAUGCAACCUUCAUAACCCACAUCAGUAAUCGCCCGACUCGGCCAACGACAUUUCUUCUAUUACGCUCCCAUAACCGUCAUUUCACAUCGGAAAACAAAUAAACAGCUCGAUAAUCUCACACUCCCCAUCAUCCGCAAUCUGCCUGUCGCAUUAUUCGCCACAACCGUGCCGCUCGCGUUGCGCCCACUAGCCGCCGGGGAAUUCGAGAGCUCGACAACUCAUACGCAGGACAAAACCUCAUCGUAUCGAUAUUCAACCACAGGGUAGCUCGCAAUUCUCUGCAUUGUCGCUCCCUCCGAGGGGCGGCGUGGUCCAAGAUGGCGAUAGACGAGAACGACAUGUAUCCGACCGAUGCCCUCGUUUCGAAGCAUGCGCGGAAACAUUAUCGUAUCCCCGUGCGCUCGCAACAUUGGCAGUUACGGUCUCUCGUUAGCGCCGAGAAGCAGGACAUCGUCUAUUUUCCAGGUGGCAAUGGCAGUAACCAUGUCCAACGACUGAACACGACAACCCGAGAAUGCGAAACUAUCAAACUCCUCACAUUUGCGCCUCGGUGCCUCGUCGCCGAGAAAGGAUGGCUAUGUUGUGGGAGUGAGAGUGGCGAUUUCGUGGCAAUUCGACUCGAUGAAGGAAACGAUGAUGGCCAUGGAAUUCUAUCAGAACUCGAUCCAGACACUCGACUUAGCCUAGGACUCGACUCGUCCCGUGAUGACCCUAUACUCUCUCUUCUGAGCCGCGCGAGACGGAAUAACAAAACCCUGAUCGCGAAAAGUAUGAAGUUAGCCAAAGACCGGGUAAACUGCAUUACACUUUGGUUCCCGCCAACAAGCAUGCCAGCACACGAUAGGGCGUAUAAAGAACCAGUGGCGGUAUUGGCUAACAACGACCGCACUGUUACACUAGUGAGCCUUAACGAUUUUGACCAGAAAGAGAAGACAGAGGCAUUGGAUAUCAUCACUUACCCAGACUUCGUGAACCGCGCACUCAUCUCUCCAGACGGCCGACUUCUGAUCGCCAUUCUCGACGACCCAUAUCUGUAUAUCCAUGAGAGAGUCAGCAGCGUUGCAGAAUCUCCAGCGACGAGGUCAAGUGAAGGUCCUAUAUACCAAUGGGAACAGACACAGAGAAUACUUCUCAAGAGCCAAAAGAAAGACGACAGAACAGACAGCCGAGGAAGUUUUGCCGCCUGUUUCUCCGAAUCCGGAGCAUAUCUCGCUGUUGGGACCCAACAUGGCACCAUCUCCAUCUUCAACGCCGCACUUCUCGCAAAUCCUAAUGCCGACCCCCUUAUUACAACUUUCCCGUCUUCACGGCCACACAGUGGCCCUGGUGCUAUUCGAGAUAUGGCCUUCUGCCCCGGACCAUUCGGGAUGCUUGCGUGGACAGAGGACAGAGGCAAUGUUGGAAUUGCUGAUAUGAGGAGCAAUUUUUAUGUUCGUCAAAUUGUAAACAUCGAAGAACCAGUUUUCGAGCACAUCAACAUCCCGGACCGAAACACCAUCGAUCCGCGACUUUUGGAUAGCCGCCGCGAGAGAAGAGAUGCUGCCCUCGGAUCAGGCGCUACAGAGACUGGCAGACGCCGAGACGUAAUCGAUGCCCUUAAUACUCCUCUGACUGCCAACGAGACACUUGUACUUGAGGCUAUGCAGCUUGGUAGGCGUAGUCGUGAAAGAGCUGCUCAAAGAGUGGCGGCGGCGGCGGCGGCGGACGAGAGGCCUACAGGUGGUCCGACUAACUUCUGGGCGGCCAGGUCAGCCCGUCGAACUAUUGGCAACGAUGACAAUGAGCGGCCUAUGGCUCGGAGGAGUAGUAGUAUCGGUCGUGCCAUGGGAGAGCUGCUGGGCAGCAAUUACGGCAGACGUCCAGUGACAAGAACUCCACGUGAAGCCUCCGACACCCCGGAAAUUGGAAGAAGGCCAGAUCGGUUGAUGGAGAGUCUCGGUGAAACAGUGGCCAUGCUUAGGGAACAACGGCAGCGCCAAGAUUCGUCCUAUCUCACCGUGCUUGAGAUUCUUCAGGCACGAGAACGAGAUAACGACCGCGACCCCGACGAUACAACGAUCAUAGUGCCGCUUAUCAAUCAGGUGGUGAAUCGAUGGGAGGAUGACCAUGGCGUCUUCGAAGUCCCGCCUUCGCCAGACAAUACUGCUGGGUUGGCGUGGAGCGAAGAUGGUCGUACACUCUUUGUUGGUGCACAGAAUGGUAUAUACGAGCUCCACGUGGACACCCAGAGCAGGAAGUUCUUCCCGAGCGUUUCGAUGAGGUAAAAGGCCAGAAAUCAAUGAGUGGAUGCGAACCUUUGUGCUGGCGCAGGUGGUUUCUAAUAGCAGCUUCGGGGUGAUAUCUUGAUUUACCAAAAGUGAUGACCAGUAACGACGGUUCCUUAUUAGCAUGGGCACAGGAUACCUUGAGUACAUUCCUACCUCUUCUUGACAUGGCGUUUGCGAUGUUUAAUCUCAGUCACAUUACAUUACCUUUCGCUUCUUACAUGCUCAUAUAUAGCUUAGCUGUUAUCGAUGAUAGCUUGAAUAUAAUCCAACGAAUUCUAGCUACGACUAAACAAAUACUAUGCUUUAAAGUGACUUGCCGGACCCGUAGAGCAAUUCUUGUACCAUCUCGGCGAUUGCCAGUGAGCUCGUCAAGCCAGGACUUUCAAUACCCAACAGAUUUACCCAGCCCUCGUAUCCCUCCUCUUUCCGAAUGAUAAAGUCGUGGAACCCUUUGCCUUUGAGGACAGCGUCUUGACCAGCUAACUUGGGUCGAAUACCAGCAUAGUCUGCCACCAAAGCUGAGGCGUCAAUGCCUGGAAGAUAACGCUGGAUCUCCUUAAUAGCCUGCGGCAAUCGUGCUGCGUUGACAGCUAAAUCAUUGGGAUCGUCAAUCCAUUCCACAUCAGGACCGAAACGUAGACGUCCCGCAAGAUCAAGCGUCAAAUGGGUGCCUAGACCUGCAAUGCCAGGCUCAGGAACGGGAUAUAUGAGACGCGAGAUCUUGGGCUGAGAGGCAGAAUACGAGAAAUAGUUGCCCUUGGCAUAGUACAGCUCCUGUCGCUUUUCAGGUGGGACAAUCAUGUUGUGAAUAACCGCAGCUCCCAGACCAGCAGCGUUGAUGAGCGUCUCACCCGUGAUACUCGACGUCUCACCCGUGGCAGCAUCUUUAACAUCAAUCUCCCAACCUUCACUACCGGGUCUAGAUCCGAGAGGUUUGAUGUUCACGACGGGUGAGUUGAGCGCCGCAACACCACCAGCAUCCUCAAAUAGACCUUGGAGACACAACAUUAAGCCGUGCGAGUCGACGAUACCCGUUGUCGGACUCUCAAGCGCACAAGCAGCAUUGACGCCUUCACCGUCUCUCUUGACCUCUUCACCGCUCACCCAUCGCGUUGGGACACCGAGAUCGUUCUCACACAGGGUGCGAAUCUUCUCAAGAGUUUCACGCUGUGCUUUGUUUUGAGCGACGAUCCAUUUGCCCGUGCGGCGAUGGCCUAUAUCGUGCUUCUCGCAAAGCUCGUAGAGCAGAUUCUUACCACGGAUGCAGAGCUUUGCUUUCAAGCUUGAUGGUCCGUAGUAAAUACCUGCGUGUAUAACUUCACUGUUACGCGAGCUUGUCUCUGUGCCAAUGGCAUUAUGGCGCUCAAUGAGAACAGUUGAGGUAUCAUCUCUUUGUGCAAGUUGACGGGCCACGGCAAGCCCAACGACACCGCCACCAAUUAC